AUGUCUGACUACGGCAACGACGAUGUUGAAGAGAACUUCGACUACGAGCCCGGCGAGGAUGUUUUCGAUGAUGUGGAGCCUGAGGAACAGGAGGGCCUUGAAGGCCAGGAUCACGAGGGCGAUGACUAUCACCACACCACCAACGGGGAUAACGUCGUUGUCUCAGGCGAUCCCAACGCUGGAUACUCCGGAAAGGUCAUGGAACAGUCUCGCGAGAAGAAGGUUCCUAACGACCAGCGCACUACCACUCCAUACUUGACCAAGUACGAACGGGCGCGUGUCCUGGGUACCCGUGCUCUUCAGAUCAGUAUGAACGCACCCGUUCUUGUCGACCUCGAGGGCGAGACCGAUCCCCUGCAGAUCGCCAUGAAGGAGUUGAACCAGAAGAAGAUUCCCCUGAUUAUUCGCCGCUACCUGCCUGAUGGAUGGUAUGAGGACUGGACUUGCGAGGAGCUGCUGUAG